AUGGGAACUCAAUAUAUGAUGCAGGCUGGGCUUGCCUCUGGCAUGUCAGCUACGGAGGGAGUGCACCCGGCCCGUCUACGAUCUGUAGAUCCAAACCUGGGCGAUCCUGCUCACUUGCUUCCCGGAGACAUCGUGCCUAAUUCUCAAAGCCGCCUGAACGUGCGCGUGUUCAAUGGCAAGGACAUCCAGAUUCCAUAUUUAGGCAUUGGUACCUGGUCGUGGGGAGACAAGGCGACAUUUGACUACGACGCGACAACCGAUCUACCCCGAAUUCACGAGGCAUGGGCAAAACUCAAGUCAGUCGGACUCACCUUUGUCGACACUUCGCAGGCAUAUGGAAACGGCGAGAGCGAGAGGAUCUGCGGAACACUCUUCCGAGGUCUGCCUCGAGACUCGUUCGUCGUACAAACGAAGUGGUUCUCGGGUGGCUUGUCGAACACUUUGAUGCAGUCGCGUGGGCCCAGUGCUCGGCUUAAAGAAUCUCUAGGUCGACUGGGUCUCGACUAUGUGGAUAUAUACUUGGUCGAUGGACCGAUUCACGGCAGUUCAAUCGCUACCGUGGCCGCAGGUUUGGCCGAAUGCGUGCAUCAAGGUAUGACUCGUGCCGUUGGGGUUGCCAACUACAGCACGCAGGAGAUGAUCCAUAUGGCCGAGGAGCUAGCCAAAAGCGAUAUCCCUUUAUCUGUGUCGCAAUGCGAGUACUCUGUGCUCCGCCGGAUACCUGAAGUGAGCGGAAUGAUCCGUGAAUGUCGCAAGCGUGGAAUCUGUUUCCAAGGCUUUGCUUCGCUCGCGGAAGGCCGAUUGACCGGCAAGUAUUCGCGUUUCAACGAGCCCAAGGCCAAUCGGCGAUUCAGCAGUUAUCCGAUGCGUAUGCUGGAGCCGACCAUCGAUGUGCUCAAGAGUAUUGCCGCUGAUCAUCGAGUGCCUGUUUCGGCCGUGGCCUUGAAUUAUUCCAUCAAUAAAGGAGUUGUACCCUUGGUCGGCGUACGUGAUGCUGACCAAGCACAGGAUGACAUGCAGGCGCUGGGUUGGCGGUUGACUGAAGACGAGGUCCACCGCAUUGAAGAAGUCAGUCUGGAAGGUCAUACGUCAACACUCUUACAACAUGGGUAG